AGUAAAGUGGUAAUUUACCCUUUUUGAUGACGUAGACUACAAUUUAGCUAAGAGUUUGUUGUGAAUGUGAAUGUGAUGACAAAGAAGACCAAAACAAGAAUCGAAAGCUUUCUCUUCAAAGGGAGAGGGAACAAGCAUCUCUCUCAACUACGACCGAAAUGAAGAAGGAAGACACUGUAAAAUUGAUCAGCGCUGAAGGUUUCGAGUUCGUGAUUCACAAGGAUGCUGCCAUGGUUUCUCAAACGAUUCGAAACAUGCUUACUUCCCCAGGAAAUUUUGCUGAAUCGCAGCAUAGAGAAGUGACUUUUCCUGAGAUUAGUACCACCAUUCUCGAGAAGAUUUGCCAAUAUUUUCACUGGAAUCUUCCUUUUGUCAGUGGGAAAGAGACCGAGUUCCCUAUUGAACCUGAAUUGACUCUUGAGUUGAUGAUGGCUGCCAACUAUCUCCAUACAUGAAAUAUGUAACCUCUAUGCACUCUUCCACCCAUUUGACAUUGUAAGCAGAUGGCAAUUUUAUGUGAUAGAUAUAGAUUUCCUUGACUAAUAGAUUGUCAGUGAAGUUCAUUACAAUACUACUUUUGUCUUUUUUUUUUUUUGGUUUGGGGGGGGGGGGGUCAGGAAUUCAUACUUGUGGAUGACAUUGUUGUUUCAUUUCACUCAUUGGAACUCCGUGUCAACUAUUGAGCUCUGGGAUUCACUCCAUGUCAUUACAUUACUCUAGGGAUAAAUUUUCUCUGCAUUUUUUGUGCUUGGACUAUCUUUUAACUUCUCAAGUUAGAUCAUCAUUUGAAGCUGAGGGUUAAA